AUGCAGCGUAACGGUGGUGGCGUGGGUAUCGUAGGCCAGCCAUGGAUGUUUCGCCGCGUCCGUCUCACAUGGCUCAGUUUCAUGCUUUUCUUCAUCCUGGUCUUCUUCCCACUUAUUGCGCACUACUACCUCACUACCAUUGAUGAAGCUGGGGAUCGUGAUAAGCACAUCUUUGGGCCCCGGCCUGGUGGCGAACUGUGCGAGGCCAAGCAUGUGCAGGACCUGUGCCGCAUCCGCGAGUCAGUCAGUGAGGAGCUGUUACAACUGGAGGCAAAGAGGCAGGAGCUCAAUGGGGAGAUAGCCCGACUUAACCUGCGCAUCGAGGCUUGCAAGCGGAGCAUCGACAGCGCCAAGCAAGAUCUGCUGCAGCUGAAAAAUGUUAUCAGCCAGACGGAGCAUUCUUAUAAAGAACUGAUGGCCCAGAACCAGCCCAAGCUGUCGUUGCCUGUCAGGUUACUUCCUGAUAAGGAGGAUCCAGGGUUGCCACCACCCAAGUCUCCACGCUCCUGCCGCCUGCGCUCCUGCUUUGACUAUGCGCGCUGUCCCCUUACAUCGGGGUUCCCUGUUUAUGUCUAUGACACAGAUGCCUAUCCAUGGGGGAGCUAUAUUGAUCCUUUGGUGAAGCAGGCUUUUGCUACAUCAGUUAAGAGCAACAUUUAUGUAACUGAUAACCCCGGCAUUGCCUGUCUGUAUCUGGUACUGGUAGGGGAGCUACAGGAGUCCCCCUCCUCCCCACUGCCAUCUCCUUCAGAGCUAGAGAAGCAAUUGAAAGCUCUUCCUUACUGGCGAUCUGAUGGACACAACCAUGUACUGGUGCAUCUCUCUAGAAAGUCUAUGACACAGAACUUCCUGUAUAAUGUGAGCACCGGACGAGCAGCAGUUGCACAGUCUACUUUCCUGGAGCAGCAGUACCGUGAUGGUUUUGACUUGGUUGUGUCCCCGCUGGUUCAUGCCCUGUCUGAACCCAACUUUUUGGAAGUGCCACCUCAAGUUCCUGUGAAGAGGAAAUACCUUUUCACAUUUCAGGGGGAGAGGGUGGAGUCCCUGAGGAGCAGCUUACAAGAGGCACCACCUCAGUCUUUUGAGGAGGAAAUGGAAGGAGAUCCACCAGCUGACUACGACGAUCGCAUAAUCGGCACCUUAAAAGCAGUGCAGGACAGCCACUUGGAUCAGGUCCUAGUGGAGUUCACUUGCAAGAACCCGAGGCCAAGUUUGCCAACAGAGUGGGCUCUUUGUGGAGAGAGAGAAGACAGACUGGAGGUGCUCAAGGCUUCUACUUUUGCCUUGGUUAUUGCUGCAGGAGAUGGACAUCUUAUAGCAUCAGCAGGUUUUGGGAUGCGGCUAUUCGAGGCUUUAGAAAUGGGCGCCAUCCCAGUUGUGCUGGGGGACCACUCCCGGCUGCCUUACCACCAGUUUAUCCGCUGGAGCGAAGCUGCCAUUUUGGUCCCUAAGCCACGUGUAACAGAGUUACAUUUCCUCUUGAGGAGCUUAUCAGACAAUGACAUGUUGGCUAUGAGGCGGCAGGGCCGCUUUCUGUGGGAGACGUACUUCUCAACCUCAGAAAAUGUUCUUAACACUAUUCUGGCCAGUAUCAGAACCAGUAUCCAGGUUCCUGCUGCACCCAUCAAAGAAGAACCAGUUCAUGAGAUUCCUCACAAAGCUGGGAAGCUGGCUGGGACGGAUGCCAACCUGGCCGACAAUGGUGAUCUGGAUUUGGGUCCUGUCGAGACGGAGCCUCCUUAUGCCUCUCCGCGCUUUCUCCGCAACUUCACAUACACAGCUGCAGACACCUAUAGAGCAUGGAACCGGGCCCCAGGGCCCUUCCAUCUGUUUCCUCACACUCCUCUUGACCCAGUGCUGCCCUCUGAAGCCAAAUUCCUUGGCUCAGGUACUGGUUUCAGGCCUAUUGGUGGAGGUACAGGAGGCUCUGGGAAGGAGUUUCAGGCCGCUCUGGGUGGGAACGUGCCUCGAGAGCAGUUCACUGUAGUCAUGCUAACUUAUGAGAGAGAGGAGGUGCUGAUGAACUCUCUGGAGAGGCUGAAUGGACUACCAUACCUCAACAAGGUAGUGGUUGUGUGGAAUUCUCCCAAGCCUCCUUCAGAUGACCUGCUGUGGCCAGACAUUGGCCUUCCAAUUGUGGUGGUCCGCACAGAAAAGAACAGCUUGAACAACCGCUUCCUGCCCUGGGAUGCCGUGGAAACCGAAGCCAUUCUCUCUAUUGAUGAUGACGCUCACCUUCGCCACGAUGAGAUAAUGUUUGGAUUUAGAGUGUGGCGUGAGGCUAGAGAUCGCAUUGUGGGUUUUCCUGGGAGGUACCACGCGUGGGACGUCAACCAUCAGUCCUGGCUCUACAACUCCAACUACUCCUGUGAGCUCUCCAUGGUCCUGACAGGAGCUGCUUUCUUCCAUAAGUACUAUGCGUACCUGUACUCCUAUGUGAUGCCCCAAGCCAUUAGGGAUAUGGUGGACGAGUACAUAAACUGCGAGGACAUCGCUAUGAACUUCCUGGUCUCUCACAUCACCCGCAAACCACCCAUCAAGGUAACAUCUCGUUGGACUUUCCGCUGUCCCGGCUGCCCUCAGGCCCUUUCGCACGAUGACUCGCAUUUCCAUGAGCGACACAAGUGCAUCAACUUCUUUGUCAAGGUCUACGGCUACAUGCCUCUGCUCUAUACGCAGUUUCGUGUGGACUCGGUGCUGUUUAAGACUCGAUUACCCCACGAUAAGACCAAGUGCUUCAAAUUCAUUUAGCAUCGGACCGAGAGUCACAACAAAGAGCCAAAAGCAGAGUGAAUCGAAGGAUUGAAAAUACUUAGAGAACAGCACCUUCCACUGCAAGCAGUAAUAAAGAUGGAUUGGUGGACUGCAGGGCAAAUGGAAAGUAAACCCAGACAAAAGACAAGUUAAAAGCUGUUGGCUGGUGGUCUAAUCAGCAACACUACUGAAAAUGUGAAGGGUGGAAGCUGAAAGGAACCACUGCCAACAAAAGAAGCCUUUUUCAGUGGAUGUCACUCCUCUUUUCCUCGUGUUCUCUGAUCAUGCUCAGUCAUCAACCACUAGCUGCAGAUGUCAUUUGCACCUCUUAACUGCCUGCUGAUGAAAGAAGGUGGGUGUACACAAUGUACAGAAACUCUCCGGGGUUAGCAACACCUGAUAAUGGAGUUGGUGAGUAACUGACAGAUGCCAGGCUGUGUUCGACCCAGCAGACUGUUUCAGCUGAGAGAUCAAACAGCACUUGGCCGCCACGACGCUUUUGUUUUAUGGUUACAACCUAUACUUCUUGUACAUGUGUAUGAGAGAAGCACUGAAGGUCAGAAAUAUUUUAUUGAUCUUAAUUUUUUUUUUUUUUUUAAAUAAUGUCGUUUAAGUGUAAAUCUUUAUGUGGAGUGAAUCUUUUCCAGAACCUCUGCCUGUAGGAGAUCAGGCAGGACCUCGACUGAAGGUCAGCCCAAUCAUGUUUAAGUCUUGUCAAGUGCUCAAGAGGGAAUUCACUUCAGCGGUCACCAUAAUGCCUCAAUUUGUCAUGAAAACCAGCCACCGUUUUGUCAUUUUGUUAUGCUUACAUGAUCUUCACCCUAUGGAAGUGUUCAAAACAGCUUCUUUUUUUUAAAUAUACACAUACAUACACAAUGAUGUUUUUAAAAUCAGAAGUUCAAAUGUUGUAUUGGCAAAUGACUGGUUACAAGAUAAAGUACAACAAAGUCAACAGUUGCCAAAAUCAGCAAAAAUAGACUUUAAUGUUGAAUUAUUGAUGCAGAAUGUUUUCAGUAAAGUACAGAAUGAUAAGAAAAUUUUAAAAAGUCUAGUCUGACAGUUUGGUUAAAAACACUUACUUGGUUUUUGGUGAAGAAGUGGAAAAGAACCAUUCUCAAAAUAGGCUGUUAAAUAUCCAACCAAAGCCAGCAGCUGGUGAACUUAAUGUAGCAAAAAAAAAUAAUGACUGGAAAACUAGCCUGUCUGUGCUGAAUAGCAGCAAAUACUGCCUAAUAGAAUCUGUAAAGCACACAAAUUAACCCAGUGGGUCUCAAACUGUGGGGCAGGCCUCACUCUUGGGGCAUAGAGCCACUGUAGGUGGAGUUUGGAGGACAAGGGAAGAACCCCAAAUCAAACUAAGAUGAAUGGUAAUGAGUUUUGUAGUAAAGAUAAACUGACGCUAUCAUACUGACAUUUAUUUUAUGAAGAUUUCGUUUCUUUUAUUGUCUAUUAUUCCUUUAUGAAUCAUUUUAUGGGGAGAUUUGUUAAAAAUAUUUAUUGGCUAUGAUCAGCUUUCAAGCAAACAGUAUCUCAGAACCGGAUGUAUCCUGAAGCAUAAUUUGUCGCUCUUUGGUUAUUAAGCAAGGCAGAUGUAAAGUGUUAAAAUUUAAGCUUUUGAGGCUUUUAUUGCUUUUAAACUGUUUCCAGUCUUGCGUUAAAGUAACCAGCUGCUGGCUGUAGUUUUUUCACUCACACUAGGGAAAACUGUGGUUGGAGACCACAGCAUGAACAGAGUUAUUGUGACAUCUGCAUUGAACUUGUGAUCUCAUUGCCUUUCAAAUUGAUGUUCCAAAAACGGGGACCAGGUCUGCAACUAUACAUUGUUCAAAGCAACUGUGGUGCAUCAAAAUGGUGAUAAAAUGCAUGAUCUGCUGCCAGUCUGCUAUUAGUUUGCAACUGAAGGGGGUCAAGUUGAAAUUUACAUGCAAUGUGUUUGUGAUAAAUUGGCAAAAAUUGCAAAUCAGUUCAUAUCCACAUAGACAGAAAUUCACAGUAACUAUUUACAGUCCAGUCUAGCCAGAACUUCAUAGAUUUGAAACAGAAGUUCCUGCACAAAUAGUGACAUACUUGCUGCAGGACACCAAUUUAACUGCAAAAUGACAAAGGCACUUGGCAGCUGUGCAUUAAUAUGGCGAUAUAAUCAGAAUACAACCAGUUGAGUUGUAUCAUAUUGCAAAGAGAUGCAUCUCAAACCAGUUGCACUCAUCCGUGCAGACGUAUACAGAUCAAUUGUAAUGUGUUGGCAGUCCAUCUGCUUUUAUAACUUGGACUGCAGUCAUGUACAAACUCGCCAAUCUGAGAGUGACUGCAGUCGGACUGUGAUUGACUGGAGACUGGUUGCUUCCUUUCAGGCAACCUGUGCAGUCUCCUUACAGUUAAAAGUGAUUUUCCAGAGUUUGAGGGUGCUGCUCACUCAACCUGUGGGCUAGCAGGUGGUUGUUGCAGCUACUUGGAAUCAUCCCCAGAAUACGAAAAAAUUCAGUGUAGCUACCAGGAAACCAGUGACUGAUUGGUUUUUUUUUCCCCCUCAGUCACAAGCAGGUUGCCAUCGUAUUUUUAUUUUUUUUUUUAACUCCAGUGUGACUGAGCCAUAACAAAUAUGAGCUUGCUCUCCACCAGCAGGCAAGCCUGUGCUCUAAACUGUAGAGCUAUUCACUUUAAUAUCUAAACAGGUCUGAAUUUUCAACACAGGUAUUAGAUAUGUUCCACCGUAUUCAUGUUAUCCUUCUAUAGAGAACGCUCCCACCUCGGACAGAAAUGUCAUUUUACAGUGUCGCCAUAUUAGUUUCACUUCAUCUUCUACUGUUGCUUGAUGAAUGUUUUCUUUGCCAAAUAGGUACGUUGUUUGCUGCUUUCCAGCAUAGUUUGCAGGCACACAGUGCAGAUACUUGCUGAAAGGAUGCAGUCUGGUACACCCACUUCCACUCUGCAUGGUACUUUACCAGAAGUCAGUCCACUGGAGUCCAAUCCGUCAUGUAUGAGUGCUUUAUUUGACCUUGUCACACUUAAAUCCUGUAAUAUGAGCAAAAGGAAGAAUAUUUUUUAUAAAUGUCAUUCGGAUUAUGUUCUGUGAGGAUUUUUAUCAAACAAAAACUCAUAAGGCCACAGUUCCUGUAUAUUUAUUGAGUAUAUUACUGAAAAAGCUUUUUUUUUUUUUUUUUUUUUGUAACUGAUACUGAAACAUGCAAUAAAAUGACAAGACAUUGUAGUUUAAUAUUCAUUAAAACAAUAAGUCCCAAUCUGUCAAAUUUGUCAUUGCCAAGGAAAACUAGCUGGUGCCACUAACUGGGAGCUGAGAUGACUGAGACAGUUUUAAAAAGGUUGACUCGCAACCAGAUAGUGAGGGGAGAAUAGUGGAGUUUCUUUGAAUCCAAAUCUCUACGUGCUCCAUAUUGCUUCUUCAGCUCUGUAAUCUCUCCAGUGAAACAUAAAAAUGUUGGAUCAGGCCUGUUUACCCAAGAGGGAUAAACACAGAGCCAGGUUUUCUAAUUAGUGUGGGCUAAAAUGGCUGUGCAGAGUCCAAAUUUCCACUUUGUGUUGCUGCACUGAACUUUACAAACCAGUCUGGCUACUAACCCCCGCAUCAAGUCUGAACACUUUUAUUGGCGCUCCACAGGCCUCAUAAUUACCUGGUUGACUCUAAAUCAGUCCUCAGGGCACAGUUUGGGUGAGCUGGUGUUCCUUCUGUCAUUAUAGUUUCUACCCUCGAGGUUCUGUGGCACAGCUGGUUUUCUGUGGCUCUGAGCAGGGUGAAUUUGCCUGGAAGGCCACAGUCACUCUGCUCGGUGAAGAGAGUUGUGAAGGAAAAAAAAAGUGCCCCUGGGUCUGAUCCACAGCUGUGGGUGAGGCCUCAGCCACCUGCACCACUGUACCUGACUGAUGACAGCGUCAAACAUACCAUUGAAGGUCAGAUGAAUGGAAAUAAAAAUGCUCAACAUUGUUUAAAAAAAGACUCUUUUCUUCAUUCAGGUGUCUGUCUCUGUUGAAAAAAAUCUGUUCCUACACUUGGUAUUAAAGUAAAGUGGAUGGGGACAUUUUGGGAAGUAAUUAUUUGCUCGAGUAGAGUUUUGUCAAAGGAGAGAUGCUGCACUUAUUGGCAACCUGGAAAUCCCACUUCCCAGGAAAAAAAAAAAAAGGCUUAUCAGCUGUGAAUUUAUAUCUUCCAUCAUUCCCCGAAAUGCCAGUUUUGCACUGUAAAUGCUAAAAGUGGUUAAACUUGAGGUAUUAAAACUGACAACAUGCCUUCAGACGCCCUUUUUAGAUCUUCAGUUAAUUGAAUUAUACUCACUGGCCAUUUUAUUAAGCAUACCAGUUCAACACAAAUCUGUAAUCAUCCAAUCCCAUGGCAGCAACUCAGUGAAUUUAGGCGUGUAGAAGUGGUUAACCCUCUAUCGAGCAAGUGACACCCAUCCUGUGCCUCAGUGAGGUUAAGAAACAUGGU